AUGAGAAGCUCUCUGUCGUUGUUGGCACUGUUGUCCACGGGACUAGUCAAUGCUGCCUAUACCAACUCCACACCGACGUUCACUCCCCAGGCUAUGUUGAGUUCUCCUCGUCGAGGAUCAGCAGUCCCAAACGCAGAUGGAACGCUUGCACUAUACACCGUGGCUACCUAUUCAUUCGAGAAGCACCACAAUGCUCAUGAGCUUCGUGUAAUAAAUCUUGCGAACGGCACAUCAUGGCUCUUUAGUAACUCUAGCGCCAUCAGCAAUGCCAAUUGGUUGGGUGAUGGAAGCAAGAUUAUCUGGUUUGCGUCAGAGGAUGAUGGAUCCACUAGUUUUGUUGUGGGAGAUGCGACGACACCAAGUGCGGAACCUAUCUCGGCAGGAUCUGUUCCGGGAGCAGUAGACAACCUCAAGCUAGUCAGCAUUGGCAACGGAACUCUCGGGGUGGCAUUCAGCGGCCAAGCUUCACCUAACGGCACUUUGUACAACUCCGAGCUUGCUUCAGCGCCUUAUUCUACCGGAAGAGCUUAUACCACUGUUUUCGUGAGGCAUUGGGACACAUACGUCACAAAAGAAAGAAAUAGUAUUUGGUACGCCGCUUUAUCAACGAGUGACAGCGGUUAUGCCCUGAGUGAACCAGUCAAUGUUUUGAAUGGAUCUGGGCUCGAAUCACCCGUUCCACCAUUCGGUGGUACAAAUAGCUUCGAUAUUGGCUCCAAAGGUUUAUCUUUUGUUGCCAAGGAUAUUACCUUGAAUCAAGCUACCACGACUAAAUCGGAUGUUUACUACGUACCAUUGGCGACAUUUACCGAGACCUGUCCAGAAUUGAAAGUAGUCUCUACUCCCGAUCUCGAAGGUGCUUCGGACGGUGUGGUCUUUUCGCCCUCUGGAUCGUCACUUGCUUUUGUCCGUAUGAAGCAUAUCAGCUACGAAAGUGAUAAGAAUCGUAUUCUACAGGUAGCAGAUGUCACUUCCGACUUGACUGCCGUUGAAUUCUACGCCUCGGAUAAUGGAAAAGGAUCUUGGGAUCGUAGCCCAAGCACGCUCCUCUACAGUCAAGACGGUGAAUCUCUCUAUGCAGUAGCUGAAGAUUUCGCUAGAGUUCGACUAUUUACCCUUUCUACGGAUCCUACAAAUACAACUCUUCCAUCCAUCAUCUUCAAAGACGGAGGUGUAACAGACCUCCGACCGUUAGGAAAAGAUCAGUUACUUAUUAGCAGUUCAAGUUUCCUCGAUAACUCUGUCUUCUCUUCUGUCGACCCCACCGUUUCUGCUGCCACUAAUGCAUCAUCGGGCAUUACCACCAUCUCGGCCAACCUUGAUAGUCUGAAGGCCUAUGGAUUAUCCCGCGAUUUCAUCUCCGAUAUUUACUACCAAGGUGAUGGCGAUUACUUAGUCCAUGCUUGGGUCAUUAAGCCUAGUACAUUCGUCGAAGGUCAAACAUACCCCCUGGCAUUUUACAUCCACGGCGGACCCCAAGGAGCCACCGAGGAUCUUUGGAGUGCCCGCUGGAAUAUGGCCGUCUUUGCCGAACAAGGGUAUAUCGUCAUCGCAUUCAACCCCACUGGUAGCACCGGAUUCGGCCAAGAACUCACCGAUGGCAUUCAAAACCAAUGGGGUGGCAGACCAUACAAUGAUCUCGUCAAGGGCUGGGAAUACAUCGAAGAGAACCUCUCAUACGUUGAUACCGAUCGCGCUAUUGCGUUAGGUGCUAGUUACGGUGGAUACAUGGUGAACUGGAUCCAAGGACAACCCCUCGGACGAAAAUUCAAAGCCCUAUUCACACACGAUGGAUGUUUCUCCACCGUCGCCCAAUACUCCUCGGAGGAACUCUGGUUCAUGCAACAUGAGUUCAACGGAACCCUCUGGGAAAACUACGACAACUACGCGCGUUGGAAUCCGGCCAAUCAUACAGAUGCCUGGGCGACACCUCAUCUCAUCAACCACAACGAAUUAGAUUAUCGUCUUCCCAUUGCAGAAGGACUUGCGGCGUUUAAUGUCCUUCAAGCAAAGGGUAUCAAGAGUAAAUUCUUGAGCUUUCCAAAUGAAAAUCAUUGGGUGUUGAGUCAAGAGAAUAGUUUGGUGUGGCAUAAGACUGUGCUGGAUUGGUUGAAUGAACAUGUGGGAUUACCAGUGUAUUCGAGUCCGGAUGAUACGGAUUAUAGAGCGGUUUUGCAGAGUGGAUUGUGGGUUUGA